AACUCACCCCUUCCACCAGGCAAAGACAAUGCGGCCCAGCAUACCCGUUGAAUCUGGGGGAGAGAAAAAGGCACUGGCAGAUGGCCCUUCUUCAGGCCAAUAAGGAUCUCAUUUCCACAGGAAUGAAGGAAUUUAAUGCUCUGCUAAAUCAGCAGGUCUUUAGUGAUCCUCUUAUCUCUGAAGAAGCCAUGGUGACCAUCGUGAAUGACUGGAUAAGCUUCUACAUCAACUAUUACGAGCAGCAGAUGACAGGGGAGCAGCAAGAGCAAGAGAGGGCUCUGCAAGAAUUUCAGCAAAAGCUGAACACUCUGGCCAUCCCUUUCCUGGACAAAUACAGGGCAUUCCUGAAGUCCUUGUGAACAUCCAAAUCACCCAUGGCCUUUCUCCUGGCCCAGAAACCCAGGCCUCUAUGUCUAAGGUACCCUUAAAUCCUAGCUCUGUUUUCAUGUCCUCAGGCUCUGCUCCUUCACGGUGCUACUCUACCUUGACACUUCAAUAAAAUCGGUUCUGGUUUUGCUGGA